AUGCGGUCGCACAACUUUGCAAGGGCGGUCCUACGGGUCGCUGCGAGGAACGGAAGCGUCUCCCAAUCGCCCAUUGCUCGCUCGACAUCGCUCAAUGUCCUCCGACACACAUCACUCUCAUACCCACCAUGCAUAGCCACAUCCGUUGCUGCAGCACGAGCGUUCAGCACCACGCGCAUCGACCUCAAGAAGAAGGUGAAGAAGAACGCCUUUGCUGCGAUCGAGGACGACACCGACGCUCUCGAUGACGAUGCGUUCGCCGUCGAAGAGGAUGACCUGUUCGGUAGCGUUUCCGAUUCCACCUCUACCUCAGCUACCUCAUCGACUUCCUCCUCGUCGUCUUCGAACAGCCAGAUGAGUCGGGUGGAAUUCACCUCUGCACUGGAACAGUUCACCGCCUCGCUCUCGUACGACCUUCUUGAUCGCGGUCACUUCCCGGCACUGCGCACCUGGCGCCGACUGGCACUCCAGGCGUCCACCGCCGAGGAUUUUGAGAGCUUGCUCGAGGCGGCGAAAUUGUACCGCGAACGUGUGGGGUCGUUGGGCAGCGAGUCCGCACUCCGCUUUGCAGCGCAGGCGGUCAAGUUGCGCCUCCCCGAGCUGGCCGUCGUCGCGUUUGGCGAUCGAUACACGUAUGGGUUGGAGUACGAUCUUGGUGCUUUGUGGGUGGUGCAGUCUGGAUUGGCGAGAAAACUCGGUAGAGGGAGGGAGGAAGUGUUGGCGAGCGCCCAGAUGGAUGGCGCCCCCGUAGUCGAGGUGGACCUCCUGGGUGUUCUCGCCGAAUCCACUCCGGUCGAAGCGGGAGAAGGUAAAGCAGAAGGUAUCAAGCGUAAACACGAGCUGGAUAUGCCACUGGCUCGAGCCCAGUUGAGCAUCAUCGAUCGCAUGACCCUGCUCACUUCCCUCUCCACCACCCUUGCAGGAAAAACACCAGACACCGUGCUCCUCACCUACCUCAUCCGCGCCUAUGUGGAUACAUUCCACCUCACGACGCGGAGGAGCGCAACCAACCCCCUGCUGAUGAAAGUGCUCGAGAGGUCAGAUGGGUUGAUUGGACUGCUGACGAGGGUUGCGGAUGGUUCCAAGGUUUCAGCGGAAGCGCCGAGAGGUGUGCAUCUGGCAGAGAGCCUGCAGAGGAACUUGGUGAGCGUGCUGGGGUACGUUGCUGCGCGUGGACAGGACGGGUUUAAGAAGGACGGGUUGGAUCCGGUCAAGACGCUGUAUGGGUUCAUGGACAGGGUGGAUCGAGAGGCGAGUAGCAAGUUGGUCUGGCGCGUGGAGCCGCUGCUCCAGAGCCAGGGGUCGGUGUCGCUCUAG